AUGAAAAUUCUGCUAUUUGAAAAGGAUACUCCGCUAUUUGGAAAGGGAGUUCUGCUAUUUGAAAAGAAAGUUCCGCUAUUUGAAAAGAGGGUUCUGCUAUUUGAAAAGAAUGCUCCGCUAUUUGAAAAGGGAGUUCUGCUAUUUGAAAAGAAAGUUACGCUAUUUGAAAAG